AUGAAGCAAGGAACAAACAAAAACUUGAGGCAUUUCAAGGACGGAUUCUUGAGACAGGCUGAAGUCUUACAAGAUCUAUAUGGCGUUGCCUGGUUCCGACAUUUUGCAGUCAAGACAAAAGCGCAUGCUGCUAUCGCUAGCACCAAUACUGCUGCUAAAGACAAGUUCAAGGAUGAUAUCUUUCAAGCCGCUCUUGCAACAGGAUUUCUGUGCAACUGCCAUCAAACAAGAACAGCUCCUCUGAUGCUGGAUCUUCAGACAAACUAUUGCAGGGAAGUUGCUUAUGAUCCAAAUACGGUCAGCAAAGCACAAAAUAUGUUGAAGAUUCACAUGGAUGUGAUUAAAAAUCGGGGAGUGAACGUAUACCAAGGAAGAGACCAACCAAAUAAAGGUAAAGGUAAAGGUAAAGGUAAAGGUAAAGGUAAAGGUAAAGGUAAAGGUAAAUGGAAACCAAACGAUGGAAAGAAGAAGGCAGCAUGUUAUGUACGUGGCAAUGAAGACUAUAUGUCUCCAAAAUGCCCAGACAGACUGCUUCCAAAGAUCCAAUGGAAGAAUCAGGAUCAAUAUGUCGACUAUGGCUCAAUCUUAAUCAGAUUGGAGCAACUGUCCCAGCUACUGUUCCAGCUAAAGUUCCUGGAGCUUCAGCAUCCACAAGUUGAGCAUCAAGUGUUGCGGGAAGCGUUAACACACCUUCCCAGCAAGUGGAGCAUCAAGGGCUGCAGGAAGCGUUAA